AUGGACGAUCCAGCCCCAGAACCGGUGCCAGAAGCACCGUAUCCCCAGUGGGACGAUAUCCCCGAAUAUCCUCAACCGGAGAUAAGCCCCUACACUACCAAAGCCAUCACCAUCACUAUCGGCAUCCACAGCUACGCCGUCCCAGAAUACUUCCUCCGACCGUACCUAGCCUUCGAAGUAAACCAAUGGACUCGCAUCUUCCACCUCUCUGACAUCCACGAAGACGUCGGCCACACCUUCAUCCACUACUUGUACACAAACACUUACGAGACCACCAAGCCCAUUACUCACCUCCAAGACGAUGUCGACAGCCCGCCCCGCGCGCGCGAAUUCCACCGCGCCAUGCACACAUACCACGCAGCGCGACGCUACGGCAUAACAGGCUUAAUCGAGCUCGCAAAGACAUACAUCCGAGUCUUCGACAUCGACGUCUCAACACUCUACAUCCUAUCCGUUGCACGGGAGAUCUCAACAGCCCUCCCAGCAGACGAGGUGUGGUUCUGGGAAUACAUCCGCGAAAAGCUAGCGAUAGCAUUCGAAGACGACGAAGCGGGUCUGCGACAAGACAUCGCAUCCUACGGGAUCGGUCGGGACCCGUUCGAUGCUUUUUUAGUCACCUCCGUGCUGGACAUCUACGCGAGUGCGUUACCGGGGAAAGUGCUGAACGGGCACGUCGAGACGGAGACACACAGUGAAGCAGAUGUGUCGGAGACGUAUGAAUGGGAUUCGGACCCGGAAGAGGACCCGGUGAAUGGGGAGCCACAUGCAAUUGAUGGCCCUGUUCCUGAGAGUCCGGGUUAUGCUGUCGAGGGGGAAGCGGUUCCGGAGUUGGAGACGGCGCGGUCCCCAGACCCCGUGGCUAUGUCGUCCUCGUCUCCGUCUCCACCACCUGCGUCGCCCCCAGCUGAGGCCGCAGACGACUACGAUCCGUGGGAUAAUUGGCCCGUUCAAAGCAGAUACAACGGCGCCUAUCACGGGCCGGCGACGGGGGUUCCCGCGCGAUUGACAACACUGGUGGAACAGGAAGAGCAAUCAGAGGCAGCAGCAGCGGAGGGAGAGGGAGAGGGAGAGGCGUUUCCCGUGGAGGAUAGCAAUAUCAACAAACUGAUAGAUGGUUUGGAUUUGGGAUCCAGUAUCCCGUCGAAGAAAAAGAAGAAAAGGGGCCGAUAUUACGAUAUCGCACCUGCACCUGCGGAGUAUCCGGAACCUGUGAUCGAGGAACCGCCGCUUGAGUUAGAACCAGAACCUGAGCCUGAGCCUGGCAUACCCCUUCCUGAACCGGCCGUUCCGGAGAGGACUGUGCCCUCUGCAGAGUCUCCUGCACUCAAUGGGAGUGGCAAUGGAUCGAUUGGAAUCCCAAAUCAGGAUUUCCGGUUCUAUUCUUCGGCACAGCCCGUCGCGACAGCCGAGUAG